UGCUGAGCCGUAUAUAUCGGUUCGAGCGCUCCUUUGGCGGGACCGCGUUUUUCCUUCGCGAUCAUGACUCCAGGCGAUGCUGCAAAGACUGUUGUGGUGGAGGAACAGAUCGAAAACGGCGGCCUCGACGAGCUGGUGGAAGAGGUUGGCGUCCAAAGGGCGUAUGAACUGAAAAGCGAGCUAGUGAAUCGAUGCUUACAGGAGGAGGUGGGCUUCGGACGCUACCAAGUCCAGCUUUUCCUCGUAACCGGGCUUGGGUGGAUGGCGGACAAUAUCUGGGCGCAGGGUGUCGCCAUCGUUCUCAGUCAGAUACAGCGGGAGCUCAAUCCCAAGCGGAUCGAGUUCGUCAUGCUGUCCUUGUACGCUGGCCUCGGAAUUGGUGCCGUCACUUGGGGCACUAUCGCCGACAUCAUAGGGCGCAAGGUAUCUUUCAAUAUCACCCUUUUCCUUGCAGGCAUCUUCGGGAUUGCUGCCGGAGCGUCGCCAAACUUCGUCACGCUGAACGUACUUGUGGCCCUGUUGGGCUUCGGUGUGGGUGGAAAUAUUCCAGUCGACGGGGCGAUAUACCUGGAACAUAUCCCACGGUCGCACCACUACACCGUCACCUUCCUCUCGGUGUUGUGGGCAUCGGGCCAACUCGUCGCCUCCGUCGUCGCAUGGGGCUUCAUCGCUAACUUCUCCUGUGAUUCGUCCGCGUCGCCGGGAGAGUGCGCAAAGGGAACGAAUAUGGGCUGGAGAUACACCUUCUAUGCCUUAGGCGCACUAACUUUCGUGAUGUUCCUGCUCCGCUGCGUCGUCUUCGAUUUGCAGGAAUCAUCGAAGUAUCUCAUCGCCAAGGGCCGCGAUGAGGAGGCCCUGGCCGUUCUGCGUCAUCUUGCGAAGCGCAAUGGCCAGGAGAUCACCCUGACACUUGAGGACAUGCAACGCGUCCAAGUCCCGACACGUAUCUCGCGAAAGGACAUCGUCAAGAAGUCCCUUUCCCAACUAUCUCUGUCACAUCUGAAGCCGCUCUUCGCUGGGAAAAGACUCGCCAUCAACACGACCAUGACGAUGUCGAUCUGGGCUAUCACCGGCGUCGCCUCUCCGCUCUUCUUCGCCUUCCUCCCGCUGUACCUCGCUCGCCGCGUCGACUCCGACUCUUCCAUCCACACCGUCUACCGCAACUAUACCAUUAUUUCUGUCGUCGGCAUGGUCGGCCCCGCCAUCGCGUGCUUGUUCGUCGACUCUGCAUCGCGCGGCCCACCGGGGCGCUUCAGAUUGAUGGGGCGCAAGCUAAGCAUGGUCUUCGAGACACUCCUGACAGGGAUCUUGUUGUUCCUCUUCACGCUAAGCACAAACGAGGCGGCCGUACUGACCUUUUCGUGCAUGUCCUCGGCCGCAAGCAAUGCGAUGUACGCAGUGCUGUACACGUAUACGCUAGAGGUCUUCCCUGCACCUCACCGGGGAACGGGAGAGUCCAUCUGCUCGUCGCUCAACUGGUUGGCUGGGAUUCUGGCGCCGGUGAUUCAGAUUGCCACAAAAGCAGGGGGCGGGGAGACAGGCUCGGCGACAGCUAAUGCAUCCAUCUUCGUCGCGGCCUCGCUUUUCAUUGUCACUGCAUUGCUUAUGGCAUUGCUGCCAUUCGAGACGGCUGGUCGGGCUGCACUUUAGAACGCUGUGGGAAGUACGAAUAACUACACGCAAUCGCAGGCUAAAAGUGGCGGGACAUCCGAGGAAAUCCUUCCAUGCAUUACAAUGACGCGACUACAAUGUUAAGCCGGCGGUGCUCGAGAGCGAAUGCAAUAAUGAUGCUUAGUGUGC